UUGUGCCGAUUGAGCAUCAAUUUAACAUCAAGGUCAAGGUCAAGGUCGAAUUCAAGGUCAAGGUCAAGGUUGAGAGAUGUUAUCUCAACCACCACCCCGCCCCGACUGAAUUCUCUGUUGGAAUGAGCCCUGUAUUUAUAGACCAGGGAGGAGAUGUUUACAGCAAGAAUUUCUAUUAAACACUGAGGAAAAUAUUUUUAUUAGGGGGGGCGUGGCCUAAUUCAAUUCCCUCCCCCACACCCCUAAAAGGUGUGGCCUAAUUAAAUUUCCCCCCCCCUUCCUAAGAUGUGUGGCCUAAUACCAUUAUUAUUUCCCACUAGGUAUACAACCAAAAGUCAAAUUCAAGUCAAAUUCAAUGAUGAUCCCCACUUGGAUAAAAUAUCUACUGCAAGUAAAACUAAGGGAGAGAGUGAGAAGUUCACACUCUUCCCAAUGCAAUAAGAGAUCUAUGUCAUACCUACUGGAUAUUCUCCAGUCAAGAGGUAUUAAAUCCAUCUAUUGCAAUCAAAUCUAAUCUAAUGUGAAACCAAUCUAAAACUAAUAAAUUGAGUCUACCUAGUGCAAGGGUAGUGGGAGAAUAAACAACUACUGGAUAUUCUCCAGUCAAGAGAUGUUAUCUCAACCACCACCCCGCCCCGACUGAAUUCUCUGUUGGAAUGAGCCCGGUAUUUAUAGUAAUUUUAUCCAGUUCCACAAACAUGUUUGAACAGGUCUGUGAAUAUUGAGAGGAUUGAUAACAAACAUGUUUGAACAGGUCUGUGAAAAUUAAUUGAUAACGUUUUACAGAACAGGAUUGAGGUCAAAUUCAAGGUCAAGGUCAAUGAUGAUCCCCACUUGGAUAAAAUAUCUACUGCAAGUAAAACUAAGGGAGAGAGUAACGACCGCUGGAUAUUCUCCAGCAAGAGAAGUUCACACUCUUCCCAAUGCAAUAAGAGAUCUCAUACCUACUGGAUAUUCUCCAGUCAAGAGUACCAGAUUUACAAUGGACCACAAGCCACAAGCCAGAUUGCUUUCCUCUCUAUAUAAAAAAAUGGUGACGAGUAUUAAUGGUAAUGUUAUCUUAUAUAAAUGGACAGAAUUCUUGACUACUGAUAUUAAGAUACUAUUUGAACAAUUUAGACCAAUUAUUCUGGAAAUAAUGCUUUCAAAAUCGAAAAAAUUUAAUGGAAAUGUUAAAUGGUUUGUUAGUUUACAUGUGAAAUUAAGAAAAAUUGUAACUGAUGUUGAUCAAUUGGAAAUCACACCUACAUUUCAUGGAAAAUCAAGAUCAAUUAUCAAUAUUCAUAAUAAUGUCAAUGAAUUUCAUAAGCAAUGGGAGGAGGCUGAAAAUAUAAUAAAUGAAAAGUUUGAUAAAUUCAUUCAAAAUGGUAGUGGGUGGGUAAUUGAUGAGUUUCAAAGAUUUGAUUUGAAUAUAGUGAAAUAUUCACCCAUACAUGGAACAGGUUCAUAUGUCUUGACACCCAAAAGAAUAGCAGUUAAAAGAGUCAUUUUAAAUAUCAGGAAUGAAGAUGAUUUAUGUUUUGUCUGGUCUGUUCUAGCUUAUUUUCAUAAUAAUAGAACAAAUAAUAGAGUUAGCGACUUGAAAAAAUUAUUAAAUCUAAUUAAUAUCAAUGAUCUAAAUUUCCCACUUAUUUUGGAAGAUAUUUCAAAAUUCGAAAAACAAAACCCAACUAUAUCUAUAAAUGUUGUUGGAUAUGAAAAUGAAAUUGUCUAUCCAUUACUUACAUCAGAAAAUCAACAUAGAGAGCAUAAAAUUACGCUUUUACUUCUAGAAUCAAAUGGUAAGAAACACUAUACUCUGGUGAGGAAUUUGUUUAGACUUUGUUCCUUAAAUUCAAGCGAAUCAUCGUUCAUUCCUAUACCGAAGUUCAUAACAGAUAAGAAAGCUAUAGUGAAUGUGAAAAGUGAUGAUAGUCUUUCAUUUAUUUGGUCUGUCUUAGCUUUCUUCCAUAAUAAGAGGACUAAUAGAGUUGGAGACUUGAAAAAAUUAUUGAAUCUAAUCAAUAUCAAUGAUCUAAAUUUCCCACUUAGUCUGGAAGAUAUUUCAAAAUUCGAAAAACAAAACCCAACCAUAUGUAUAAAUGUUAUUGCUCAUGAAAAUCAUACCUUCUAUCCAUUACUUAUAUCAAAAAAUAAAGAUCGGCAGCACAAGAUUACACUAUUAUUAUUAUCAAGUAAAGAUAAAAAAUAUUAUACUCUUGUAAAAAAUCUAUCAAGAUUAUUGUCCAAUUACACUAAACAUGGACAUAAAGUAGAAAUAUGUCCACACUGUUUUCAUCGAUUUACUAGAAAAAAUGCCCUACAAAAAUUGAACAAUCAUAUUGAAUCAUGCUCUCUGGAGAAAACUCAGAGAGUAGAAAUGCCACAAAAAGGACAUGAAAUUUUAACAUUCAAAAAUUUCUCCUAUACACUUAGAGUUCCCUAUAUCAUUUAUGCAGACCUUGAGUGUCUAAUCAUCAAUGGAGAACACAUUCCUUGUGGAUAUGGAUAUGUUAUUGUAAAUGAAAGUGGAAAUAUUCACUGUGGUCCUAAAAUUGUAAGAGCAAAUUCCCUUACAGAAUCUGAAACCUUAAUUGAGAAAUUUAUAGGUGAAUUAGAUGAAUAUGGUAUUAUUCUGAAAGAUAAAUUAAAACAAAAUAUCCCCAUGACCAUUAAUUCUGAAGAGAAUAGAAAAUUCUUAGAGGAAACAUUGUGUUGCUUAUGUAAUAAACGUUUACUGUUUGAUAGGGUUAGGCACCACUCACAUUCAAAUGGGAUGUACCUGGGUGCAGCCCACAACAAUUGUAAUUUAAAUGCAGAAAAAGUUGAAAAGAUACCAGUAGUGUUUCAUAAUUUUUCAGGAUAUGAUUCACAUUUUAUAAUACAAGCAUUGACUAAUUAUAAGAAAAAAAUAAGCUGUAUUGCCAAGACUAGUGAGAAAAUUAUCUCUAUAACAUUGAAUGAUACACUAAGAUUUAUUGAUUCUCUCAAUUUCUUGAAUUCAUCUCUUGAGAAAUUGGCUGAGAUCAAUUCAAAAUUUGAUCUUCUAUCAAAACAUUUCUCCUCAAAUAAAGCAGACCUAUUGAAAACAAAACAAUUUUACCCAUACGAAUAUAUGAAUAGUUUUGAGCGAUUCCAAGAAACGAAAUUACCUACUAUUGAUAAAUUCUACAGUAGACUAACCGACAGUCAAAUCACUGAAACAGAAUAUCAGCAUGCACAGAACAUUUGGAAGCAUUUCAACAUAAAAAAUCUUGCUGAAUACCAUGACCUUUACUUAAAAACAGACAUUCUUCUAUUAGCAGACAUUUUUCAGAAUUUUCGAACAAGUUUCAUGCGUACCUAUAAUCUAGACCCAGCUCACUUCUUCUCUCUUCCACAUUAUUCUUGGUUUGCUAUGUUGAAAAUUACAGGAGUAGAGCUCGAACUCUUGACUGAUAUUGAUAUGCACCUAUUCUUUGAAAAAGGAAUAAGAGGGGGGAUAAGUGUCGUUCCUAAGAGAUAUGCAAAAGCAAACAAUAGAUAUAUGAGUAAUUUCAACAUAAAUGAGCCAGAAACAUACAUAAUCUAUUGGGAUUGUAAUAAUUUGUAUGCCGUGGGUAUGUCUGGAAAUCUUCCACAUUCAAAAUUUGAAUGGAUGAGUGAAAGAGAAAUAGAAGAAUUUGAUCCUCAAAAAAUAACUGAUUCAAGUUUAGGGUACAUGUUGGAAGUGGACUUGGAAUACCCCUCUCACCUUCAAAGCACACACAAUUGUUUCCCUCUAGCACCCUUGAAAGAAACACCACCUACUGGUAGAUAUGAGAAACUAAUAACAACAUUCACAAACAAAGAAAAAUAUGUAAUAUAUUCUGAUAAUCUAAAACUCUACUUAGAAUUGGGUAUGGUGUUGAAAAAAGUACACAGAGGUAUAAAAUUUGAACAAAGUAGAUGGAUGAAACCUUUCAUUGAUAUGAAUACACAAUUAAGGACAGUAGCAGAUAAUGAAUUUGAUCGAACCCUUUACAAGUUGAUUAAUAAUAGUUGUUAUGGCCGCACUCUCAUGAAUGUUAAAAACCAUACAGACUUUGAAAUUGUAAUGGAUGAAGAGAAACUAGACAGAAUCAUCUCCAAGCCAAGAGUAAAAAAUUGGUUUCCAUAUAAUGAGAAUGUUACUGGUGUGUGCUUGAAUAAAAUUAAAGUUGUAUUGAACAAACCAAUUUUUGUUGGUGCUGUAAUAUUGGAACACAGCAAAAAUGUUAUGUACGAUUUCCAUUACAAUCAAAUCAAGAAUAUAUUCAAAGACAAAUGUGAAGUUUUGAUGUCUGAUACUGAUAGUUUUAUGUAUGUGAUACAGACUGAAGAUAUUUAUGAAGAUAUUAGGAAAUAUAAACAUUUAUUUGACACAUCAAACUUUCCUAAAAAUCACCCAUGUUAUAAUGAGGAGAAUAAAAAAGUAAUUGGUAAAUUCAAAGAUGAGAAUGGUGGCAGAAUUAUAACUGAAUUUAUAGGAUUACAAGCCAAAAUGUACUCAUUUAUAUUCUCUAACUGUGAAGAAAAGAAGGUGGCCAAGGGUGUUCCAAAGAGUGCUCAAAGAAACCAAUUACAAUUCAAGUUGUACAAAAAAUGUUUGUUUGAAGGUGUUGAGCAUACAAUAAAAUCUGUACAUAUUGUAAGUAAACUACAUAUUGUCACAACUGAAAACCAGGAGAAGGUUGCUCUUAGGCCCUAUGAUGAUAAAAGAUUCAUAAGAAAUGAUUGUAUAAAUACAUUGGCUUGGGGACAUAAAGAUAUUCAGAACAGUAAAAGGAGGUGUGAUGAUGAGCAUGCUGCUACCAAAAGGGUGAGAUCACUAUCUAGCUAGGUAGGUAGGUAGGUAGGUAGGUUGGUAGGUAGGUUGGUAGGUAGGUUGGUAGGUAGGUUGGUAGGUAGGUUGGUAGGUAGGUAGGUGUGUAUUUGUAAAAAAAU